UGAAAGGCCACAAGAUAUUGACAUUGCAGUAACACAACAUCACCCAACAAGCAAAGCAACCAUGCCUGCAACUGUCUAUCUGGUUACUGGAGGAUGCCGCAGCGGCAAAUCGAGCCAUGCCGAGCGUCUAUGUGAAGAACUGAGCCAAAAUCCCAUUUACUUGGCAACUGCUGCGAGUGCCAAGUUGGCAGGGGACCAAGACUUUGCCCAGAGGAUUGCUCGACAUCAAGAAGAUCGAAAAAACAAAGAAAAUGGCUGCCAAUGGACUACCAUUGAAGAACCACUCAGGCCUAGCAACCAUGCCAAGGAAUUCUCUGAAAAAGUCGUUCUGGUGGAUUGCUUGACUCUCUGGCUCACCAAUUGGAUGAUGGAAGAAGGAGCCUUUUCCAUAAUUGCCAAUGACGACGCUUCCAACAAGAAUGAUGUUAGUAGUAGCAACAAGGAGGAAGCCACAGCGGCAGUGGACCGCGCCAUGAAGAAUCUCCAACAAGAAUUUGACAAACUCAUUGCACCCUACAAUGUGACUUUUGUAGUAGUCACGAAUGAGGUUGGAUCUGGCACUCAUGCCGAUACUCAUAUCACUCGCAAAUUUGUGGAUGCUCAAGGAUGGUGCAAUCAGUUUGUGGCAAGCAAGGCACAGCAAGUCAUUCAUAUGGUGUGUGGUAUACCUCACGUGCUCAAAAAUGAACUCGGCAAGAAGCGCCAAUCGGCAUCUGCAACCGUUGCCACACUACAAACAGCCCAACGAUUGAACCGACACUUGUCCACGCGCACUAUUCCCAUGGAUGCCAAGGGAUACUUUUUGAUCAAGACGGACGUGGAAGAGUCUUUGAUUGUGGCUAGUUUCCACUCCUGCAUUCUCAACGACAAGGGCGAAGUUUGUGACUUGAAGGGAAACAAGAUCGGAUGCCACGGAAAUAAUCGUCCGGAUCCCAUGAAGGUUUGGAAGUGUCGGACCGCCAAGGAAUUGACUACGGAGGUAUUUGAACGAUGGGAGGAUAUUGACGAGUUGAAACUAAGCGUGGGUCAUGCCGCUUAUAUUGGAAGAGAAGCACAAAAGGCAGAAAAUGCCUUGUACCAUCAUUUGCUCGACGGUAGUGCUGGCAUUUAUCGGCAGGAUUAAGCUACUAGUAGAUAGCCAUUUGAAGGCAAGUGGUUAGUUACUUCAAACCCAAGUCGUACUGUUGUGUUACCCA